ACAGACCACUACACAAUGCUGAAGCUGGUGGUGUUGUCCUGCUUGAUGGCGGCGGCGUCCGCGGCGCUGCUGACGCCCUUCGCGCCGUUCGGUCCGCUGGCGUACAGCGGCGCGGUCGUCGCGCCCUUGUACGGCGGCAACUACCGCGGCCCGCUGUCCCUGGCGCCCGGCCAGCCCGCCAACAUCCUCGCCGCGGACGGCAGGCCCCUCGACACCCUGGACGUCAACCUGGACCGCUCCGCGCACCUCACCGCCAAGGCCCUCGACGGCGUGCACCUGCUCAAGAAGCGCUCCGCCCCUGUUAUCGCUCCCCUCGGCGGCAUCGCCUACGCCGGCACUCCGGUCAUCACCCACGCUACACCCCUCGCCUACUCCGCGCCCAUUAUUACGCCUUACCAGACUCCUCUAACUUACACCGCUGGACACAUUGCUCGCUACUGCCGCGACAAAUGCAGUCCAGUCAGGGCCGGCCCUGUCUUCCGGCUUCGCCCAUCGCGUUAUCAAUGGGUAGUAAGUAUAAAAGCCGUUGUCAACAUUGCAAGUGCAUCAGUGUUCCUCCGUGCACCGACCAACACAGACCACUACACAAUGCUGAAGCUGGUGGUGUUGUCCUGCUUGAUGGCGGCGGCGUCCGCGGCGCUGCUGACGCCCUUCGCGCCGUUCGCUCCGCUGGCGUACAGCGGCGCGGUCGUCGCGCCCUUGUACGGCGGCAACUACCGCGGCCCGCUGUCCCUGGCGCCCGGCCAGCCCGCCAACAUCCUCGCCGCGGACGGCAGGCCCCUCGACACCCUGGACGUCAACCUGGACCGCUCCGCGCACCUCACCGCCAAGGCCCUCGACGGCGUGCACCUGCUCAAGAAGCGCUCCGCCCCGUUGAUCGCCCCUCUGGGCCGCAUCGCUUACGCCGGCGCCCCGCUCAUCACCCACGCUGCGCCCCUCGCCUACUCCGCGCCCAUCAUUGCGCCUUACCACACUCCUCUCGUUAAUGCCGCCGGACUCUAUGCCCGCUAUCUGUAAAUAGUCCAAAGAU